AUGUCUUGGUUUCAAAAAAGCUUCACGCUGCCUUCACGCAGCCGUGGCUCCUAUCUCAUCACGGAUCAAAUCCUAUCGGAACUGCCUGAGCUCCGCGACUACAAAGUCGGCAUGCUAAACCUAUUCGUGCAACACACCAGCUGCGCACUCUCGCUAAAUGAGAACUGGGAUGACGAUGUUCGUGCCGAUAUGAGUGAUGCGCUGGAUCGCAUUGCGCCGACUGAUCGCAAGGGUAAUCUUUAUCGUCACUCCGCCGAGGGGGAUGAUGAUAUGCCGGCUCAUAUCAAAUCUGCUCUUAUUGGUGCUUCUGUGAACAUCCCUAUCUCUAACGGCCGUUUGGCUACUGGUACUUGGCAAGGCAUUUGGUACCUGGAGUUCCGCACUAGCAGACACACUCGCAAGGUUGUCGCUACUAUUCAGGGCCAGAAGGAGUAG